GAAAUCAAAGGCACGCGUGCUCCGCGCGGUGUGUGAGUGUGCGCGCGCGCGAGUCUGACUGUGUCUGUGUGUGAGUGUAGGUUCUCCAGACUGAGCUCUGAGGCGCGGUGUGAGUGUCCUGACAGAUCAGACAGAGGAGUGAGUGAGUGAGUGAGUCAUGUUAGGUCCUCUAGUGAGGAGUGUGUGUUGAGUAUUGUGAGAAUGUGUUGAGGUUGUGUGUUGAGUAUGUUGUAGUGAGGGAUGAGGUUGUGCAGGUUGUGUUGAGGCUGUGUUUUUGAGGUUGAGAGUUUUGUGUUGAGGUUAAUUGUUGUGUUAAAGUUGUGUUAUGAGGUUGUUUGUGUUAAGGUUGAGUGUUAUGAGGUUGUGUGUGUGUUAUGAGGUUGUGUGUGUGUUAUGAGGCUGUGUGUGUGUUAUGAGGCUGUGUGUGUGUUAUGAGGCUGUGUGUGUGUUAUGAGGCUGUGUGUGUUAUGAGGUUGUGUGUGUUGUGGGGUUGCUUUGUGUUGAGGUUGUUUGUUGUGUGUGCAGAUUAUUGUGUUGAGGUUUAGUGUUAUGAGGUUGCGUGUUGAAGUUUGAGUGUUAUAUUGUGUGUAUUGUGUUGUAUUGUGUUUCUGUAGUGAGGGAUGUGAGGGUUCUCUCUCUCUCUCUCUCUCUCUCUCUCUCUCUCUCUCUCUCUCGGGGUUGAGGAGGAGGAGGAGUGCUGGAGCAGCAGCAGCUCUGUGAGGAGACCGAGUUCACAGUAAUAUAUAGAUCAGUGCGGGCUGAGCCGCUCUGAGAGGAGAGCGCUGGCCGGACCAGGAGCGCGGCUCUCGUUCUCAGAUCAGUCCGCUAACCGCUGAACCAGAAGCGCCGCCUGUCCGGAGCUCCUCUGUGGACUCUGUGCUUCGCCCAAAGACAGGCUCGUAUCUCCGCUGUAUCUGGGAGCUCUCGCAGCUGCAGCGCCAUGGCCAAGGCGGAGUCGAAGCGGGGCGGCUCGGCGCUGCUGAUCGCCGGUAGAUCCGGCGCAGAGGAGCAGGUGAACGGCGCGGCCGAGCCGGCUGUCCCCGGGCUCAGAGCUGCCAAAGCGGCGCACACACGAGAGGCCUCGGGCCGCCGGAGCACCGAGUGCGAAGUGUUUGAUGACGGGACCAAUACGUUUUUCUGGAGAGCACACACCCUGACUGUGUUGUUCAUACUGACAUGUGCUUUGGUUUACGUGACCCUGCUGGAGGAGACCCCACAGGACACGGCCUACAACACUAAAAGAGGAAUUGUGGCGAGCAUUCUGGUGUUCCUUUGCUUUGGAGUGACACAAGCCAAAGACGGUCCUUUCUCACGACCACAUCCAGCAUAUUGGCGUUUCUGGCUCUGUGUCAGUGUGGUCUACGAGCUCUUUCUUAUUUUCAUCCUUUUCCAAACUGUGCAGGAUGGGCGACUCUUUAUGAAGUACAUUGACCCAAAACUGGGGGUUCCUCUGCCAGAGAGAGACUAUGGAGGAAAUUGUCUCAUCUAUGACCCUGGGAACACUACAGAUCCCUUCCACAACAUCUGGGAUAAGAUGGAUGGUUUUGUUCCUGCCCAUUUUCUUGGCUGGUAUAUUAAGACACUGAUGAUCAGAGACUGGUGGAUGUGUAUGAUCAUUAGUGUGAUGUUUGAGUUUUUGGAAUACAGUCUAGAGCACCAGUUACCAAACUUCUCAGAGUGCUGGUGGGACCAUUGGAUUAUGGAUGUUCUGGUGUGUAAUGGUUUGGGUAUAUACUGUGGCAUGAAGACGCUCGGCUGGCUUUCUAUGAAGCCGUACCAGUGGCAGGGACUGUGGAACAUUCACACAUACAAGGGCAAGAUCAAGCGCAUUGCAUUCCAGUUUACCCCAUACAGCUGGGUAAAGUUUGAAUGGCGGCCAGCAUCGAACCUUAGAAGAUGGCUGGCAGUGUUGGGAAUCAUCUUUAUGUUCCUGCUGGCUGAGUUGAAUACAUUCUAUUUGAAGUUUGUGUUAUGGAUGCCUCCAGAACAUUACCUGGUGCUGCUGCGACUAGUGUUCUUUGUUAACGUUGGUGGAGUGGCCAUGAGGGAAAUCUACGACUUCAUGGAUGACCCGAAAUUCCAUAAGAAGCUGGGUCAGCAGGCGUGGCUGGUGGCGGCCAUCACAGUGACGGAAUUCCUGAUUGUGGUGAAGUACGACCCCAAAACCAUUACGCUCCCGAUUCCUUUCUUUGUCACACAGUGCUGGAUUUUGGGCAUUCUUCUCAUCUUCACCUGGACGCUAUGGCGCUUCUUCAUCCGUGACAUCACACUCCGUUACAAAGAGACACGAAGACGUAAACAGGAGAAUUCAGUGGAGCGGGAGAAGCCCCCUGGCAACGGAAAUCCUGCGACAGCUUCAGGACGCAGCAAACUGAAUGGCAACACGGACUCUGUACGGCAUCGGAAGCCUUGAGGACAGGCAUUGGUGUUACACUGCACAGUCGUCACAUACACACACACUGAACACUGUAUGUGUUGUUUAUUGUUUUUUUUUUCCUGUUCGAGUGUGUGUGUCUGUCUGCCUGUCUUCCUGUGACUGUCUGAACCAUUCCAAUGCUGACUUGCUGUUAAACACACACACAGGACUGGUGGUGAUGGGUGCCAAUCGUUAGUUUGUUAGUUUAACCAAACUAAGGGAAUAUGAAGAUAAAUGUACAAAAGUUAACGAUAAUUUGAUCUUUUUUUUUUUUUUUGAGCGCAUGUAAAUUGGUCAAAUCCGUCAAAUGCUGUAUGCUGCCUCAGGCACGCACAGCAUGACUACUCUGGAUAGGUGUGUGUGUGUGUGUGUGUGUAUAUGUUUGUGUGAGAGAGGGGAGAGAGAGCGAUGAGAACAUACUGUUCCUUUAGUUGCCUUAUAGUCCAUUUUGACUGGACUAUUCACACAUGCUCAUAAAUGUGACUUCAGUUCCAGGGUUAGGAGGAGUUUUGGAGUUUUUUUUGAUUUUCCAUAGUUUUUUCUUUUUGCUGCUAUGCAAUGAGACACUAGAGUAAGUAGAAUUGAACUCUAUACACAUAUUCUCAUGGGUUAGGCUUUAACUCUAAAGAUCUCUGUGCUGGAGUACUGCUGUUACACAGCUUAAUAUGCUGGAACACACACACACACACAAAAAACACUCUUCGACAGCAGGAUUGCUCUGUUUUACACUGCGUUAAACAGGGAACACUAUUCUCUCAGGAGAAAAAACUUUUUUUUUUGUUCCAUUAGGUAUUUAUCCUCCGGAGUUAAGCAGGAUAGUGUGUGCUUCAGCUACGUAGCAUUUAUUUCACUAAGUAAACUGACAGAGGUAUAGGCACUAGCUAUAGUUAGCUACCGGUAAUAUCAGUUCCCAGCACACAUGCACAUAUGUAUAUAUGUAUGUAUGCAUGUAUGUAUGUUUUUGUAUGAACACCUUGUUUCAGCUUUCAUUUAUUGUCUAUCAGCUCCACCGAUGAUAAAGGAACACUUUGUAGUUCUAUAAUUACAGCCUGUAGUCCUUCUCUUUCUCUGUACACUUUAUUAUCCGCCUUUUACCCUGUUGUUUAAUCAUCAGGACGGUGGUGGUCAUUCUUAGCACUGCAGUGAAGCUGGCAUGGUGGUGGUGUGUUGUGCUGGUACGAGUGGUCAGACACAGCCGUGCUGCUGGUGUUUUUAAACACUGCUGGACUGAGAAUAGAUAUCAUACAUAAAAUACCCGGCCAUCAGCAUCCUGUGGGUAGCAUGCUUUAACCACUGAUGAAGGACAAGAGGAUGACUACAUAAACUAGUUUACGCAGUGCUUAAAAACUCCAGCAGUACUGCUGUGUCUGAUCCACUUGUACCAGAGCAACACACUGUACUAACACACAACCACCAUUCCAGUGUCACUACAGUACUAAGAAUGACCCACUGACUAAAAAAUAAACCUGUUCGUAUUGUAGUGUAUGUAGAGAAACAGAAGACUACGUCUGUUAAUACAGAACUACAAAUUGUCAUGUUUGGUAAGUGAAGCUGAUUAGACGGACAUUGAGUGUAGAAAGAAGUUGAUCAGAAUAUUCUAAUAUGAAUCUGUCAUAUAUAGUUGGUGUCACACAAAACUCUUGUCUCUGUGUUUGCCAUUGAUCACUUUUUGCCAUCUACACAUUGUGUCAAAACAUCUUGAUUAAGGACCAAUAGAAAUGCUUAAUUGAAAUGUAAUGUAAAGAUGCCAUUUUGUAGAUACAUUUUUUUUGUGUGACAGCAACAGUAUACAUACAAGAUACAUACAUGUAGAUAGAUAUGCAAGCAGACUUGGAGAAGAGGACAAUCACUCUGAACUGACUGAACAGAUUGUCAACCUGCUUGGACCAAACGUGGGAGAGGAGGAGGGGGUCAGUCCACUUUAUACGCUAUCAAUCUGUUAAAGCCAAACUCUGCCCCCCCCUCUCCCCAACUACUCCUGUAAGCCAUUAACAUUACAAAGUUCUCCAUACGUUUAUGCCAAUGAUGUCUGCUUGCACUUUGUGCUUUGUGUGUAUGAUGACUAAACUCAGUGGGAACUUGAGUCAGCUCUCGUUCCUGGCUGAGGGAGUGUUAAAUAGCCUCAAUUUUUGACUGCGUAAGAGAAUAUUUCAUAUAGACUGUUUUAGUUUUAGCUAGUCACACAGCUGCACAGUCAGUGGACCAACAUUUACAAGAUGGUGCUAGAUGAUAGAUGAAAAUUAAACACUGUUGCGUCAUGUAAACAGUUCCGUACAGCGAACGCCGGAACCAUUCGGGUUUCACUGUAUUCCAGCAUGAAAGUUAUGGAAAGUUAAAGAUUUUAUAGGUCAAUGACUGGUGAAGCAGGGUUCUACCUGCUGUGUAGAGGAAACGUUUUCAUCUCAAUAUCUGUGGUGAUUUGAAAUUAAGUCUCUAGUUGUUGGAAGGGUCAGGGCUAUACAAGAAUUUUGUAUAAAUGCCCUACAUACCCUCCCUUUAUUCUGCUGUACCAGUGCGUGAUGGUGUCAAUGUGUGUAUUUUAAAGGUUAGGGGAAAUGUUAAAACUGUCCAGGACUGCCUCAUGUGAUGUAGAACACGCUGAUGCCAUUAUAAUCUUACUGUGAAUGUAAACUUAUGACCUAGAUGUUUGCAGAACAGGGCUGUUGGUGCCCUCCAUGCAAAAUUUUACUACAUAUGUACUGAGUUUAUGUAUUAUGCUAGGUAUAUGUUUUCUGGAUGUAAGUAAGUGGCAAAAAAUGUUGACAUUCUUAUCAGUUAUUUGUUCAGUAUUAUUUUUUGUUUUAAAAAUACAUUUUGCUCUCUGA